AUGGCUGAUAAAGGAGAAGAUGUGCCGAUGCAGGACAACCAGCCUCAAGAGGCAAGAGAAGAGAAAAUUAUUACUGGAAAUCAAGAUAUGGAACAGGAUUUAGAUGUUGACAAGGUCAAAUCAACUUUGAAUGCCUAUAAGUUUGACGUAAUUAAGAAUCAGAAUAUGAACGUGGAAGGGAUUGUGAAUGAUCUCAGGCUGACCAUGGAUAGAAUCGACGAUGGCAAAUUACCUGAGAGUUUUGAUGAAUUAGUCUGAAACUUCAUCAAUAUCUGGUCUAAGAGAAAAUUCCAUAAGAUUGAGAUUAACAUUCAGGCUAUUAUUAAUGGCUUCUUUCAGUAUUGGAUGUAUAAGAGAGCCAAGAAGGAAAAACUUAAUUCAGAAAAUUUAAAGACACUUAGACUUCUACUUAACGAUGAUGCCUACUUCUACAGUAUCCAGUUCACUAGAGAAGUAAUGAAGGAGGCUAAAGAGGAAAUUGAAGCUGUCUCUAAGGUGAAUCCAGUGAUCUUCACCCAUAUUGACGACUUUACUGAUGUCAAGAGGACUAUUUACUCCCCAUUCUUUGCUGUUAAUGUAGAAGCAUUCUGCAAGCUUGAUGGAUUCGCUGAAAUCCUCAAGACUCUUGAUGGUAGCCCUAACAUGAGUAUUGACCAGCUAAGAGAAUACUUCGAUAUUUGUAUAUCCACCGCCCCUUAUUUGGAGGAAGGAUUUAAGCUCCAGAUCUUCACUGUGCUAGUUGACAAGAUUCUUCAAUUAUUCAAGAAUUUCCCUGAUGAGAAGCUUAAAACAAUAUCUCAAGAUAAUCUUGAGAAAUUCAUCAAUUGAUUUGAAUUCGUCCUAGAAGGAGUUUACGAUGAAGACAGAAAGAAAGCUGAUGAGAUAGUUCAGAAGUUCGAGCUUGAGCUAGCCCUUAGAUUUUUAAACACUCCUUAUAUAGAGAAAAGAGUUCAUGGACUGAACAUUCUCAUUUCCAAGGUGAAUUUAGUCAACAGAAGCAGCUUUGACUGCACCUGGAAAAGAAAAAUGUUUGUAAAUAUGGAAGAUUUAUGGCUAAAUUCUGAGUUGUUCCUACAAUGGCUGCUAGAUAAUGACAUCUUUGGCUUAUUCUUUGGAGAAAAGUUACAUUCAGAGUUAGUGGUCAAGUACUAUGCAGUCCUAAGUUUCCUCUAUUCCAAAGAUAAACUAAAUGAAAAGAAUUUUGAGUUGAUAUGGGAUUGUGCUAUCAACAAGCAUGAUGCUUAUAGAGUGAAUAUCCUGAAAGUCUUGUCAACACUCUCAUUAAAGAUGAAGCCAAGUCAUGCCAAAUUCUUAUUCGAAAAGCUAAAGCAGUUAGACAACCCUGAAUACUGUAAAUUUAUCCUGCAGCUAUUGAAGCAUUUAAAUAAAAACUCUUGUAAAGGACCUAUGACCGACAAAGCUGCUCAAGAAGCUGGUUUUGGGAAGACCCAAAGAAGAGAUGACUUCAUGGGAGACAUCCUUAACAUACAAGCUAUUGAUCUGACUGGAAUUGGAAAAAGGAGAGAGAAAAAGACCAGAUCUUUCUCUCUUGGAGGAGAAGAGAAGGAUAGCUCAAAGCCUUCGAAAGGAAGGCAUAACAGUCCUGAUAAUACAGGAAGAAGAUUUGGGGAAAUAUACCCCUCUAUCAACAUUAGCAGCCUGGAUAAAUUUCCCUCAGAUACUUUGGUCAAGAAGAAUAAGAGGAAUAGAAGCAUCGACAAGGUUAACAACAUCUUUGACAUUGAAGUCUCUAAAGAGGAAAACAAAGUUGAGGUAAGGAAGCAGAAUGAGCACCAAUCCACCGAUGAAGAAGAUAAAGAGAAAGAUGAAGGAGUUGUUACUACUCAAGAUGACUUCGCACUUAUCAAAGAGAGGUUGGAGAAAGGCCUCACCAAGACAAGAGUCCGCCAAGAAGAUAAGAAGAAACUUAAUGACUGGGAGCAAGAAGAGCUCAAGAAGCAAAUGGAAAAUCUCCCAGAGAGUGAGAAAGAGAUAAAGGAAGAAAUGAAAGAAGAUACUAUCGAUCAUAUCUGGAAACUUUGUCAGGAAUCCAUGGUUGUGCAGGGAAUCAAUAUCUCAGUUCAUAGAGGAGCCAUUGACACCUUCUCACAUGCUCUUACCUACAACUCUGAUGAAGUGAAGUGGAAGUAUAUUAGUAAAAUAAUUGAAAAGCUCCAACAAAAUGAGUCUAUCAUUGCUAUGAUUAAUAUCUUGAAGAAGUUCAUCCAGACUUUCCCUGAGGGAGAUAUUGAAAAGAUUAAAAACCCUGAACCAGGACAAGCCAUGAACGAAAUAUGUUUCCCAAAAACUAGAAUUGAGCUGAUUGGAAGACUAGAUAGAGAUUUUUCUCUAAUGAAUGAACUCAUGAGUUUAAAUAUCGAAUUCAAGAGAAAUACCCUUGACUUAUUGUACGAUCAUCUUGGAAGAAAUGUUGAUAGAGAGCAAAGCCUGGAAACUCAGUCAAGCCUUUCUUCUCAAGCUGAAUCUGAAGGAGAGGAUACUGAGGAAGAAGAGGAUGUUCAGACUGAUGCAGGCUCUCAUCAAUCCAAUGAUAGCAAAAAUGUCAACGAAGAUAACGGAGAGGGUGAGGAUAAUGACACGGAGCUAAAAUCAGACAUCAAGCAACAAGCCUUAAGUGAAGAUGAUGGUUUUAUUGUACCAAAGAGCAGAACUGCUAAACUAUUAAAAGCAAGAAGGCAUAGUAAUAAUGGUGAUGAAGAGGAAAAAGAAAAUACUAGAGGUGUCAAUCAGCCACUCUCAAUUACUGACAUGUCGAUGACUGAUGAAGAUAAUAAAGAAAAGGAAUAUGACAGAAGGAUUAUUUCAAAGAGAUCAAACUCUGUCUCCCACAGAGAUCCAAGACAUAACGAAGCUAUCCCUGAGAGUCCUCUAGUGCACAAUUACAGAGAGAACGAUUUUAUUAUGAAUGUAGAGACUCAUCCUAUCUAUGAGAUGAAGUACUUUAGUGAAAUUGAAGAGAGACUUGGAUUUAUCAAAUAUCUCAUCAAAAACAGUGACGAGUUAAUCAAGCCAGUCCAUAUUAAAAUUCUUUGGGAGUGCCACAUAGAUAGCUCAUUCCAUCAAAAAGAAAGAGCCAUUUUCUUUGACUGGUGCAGCUCUAUUAUAAAAAUACAGAGUGAUUACCAGAACACUAAAAGAGAUGCUAUAACUAUCUUUGAUGAUGACACUAUUGAGUUAAUAUUCUUUGAAAGUUUACUGUGUCUCGAUUUCACCACCAUCCCUGAGGAAGCUUAUAAUUGCUUUGAAGAGUACUUUUGCUACAUAAAUGCACAGUUUGGGCAGCUCAUUAAGGGCCACUACAUUGGAUCCUAUGAAGUAUUCGACACCAAACUAAUCGGAAUCCAAGCUCUUUGGGAGAUUGUUCUCCAGGCAAAGGAUCAGAAGGUGCAUCAGAAGUCGUCCAAAUUCUUAUUGACACUAUACAAAAAGUUGUCCCCUGAUUUGAUUGAAAACCUGAAUACAAUCAAAGAAGAUUUCCUCAAGACUUGCAUGUCCCACAUCAGAGAAGGGGUAAAAUAUCUCACCCAUGGAAACUCUUCUGAAGAGAAAGACAACGCUAAGAAUAGAGUUGCCAGAUCUCUUGACCAAAUUUGUAAAUUCAUUCAUGAAUUUGAAGGACUUAGAGACAGAUCUAAGAGGUCUGGAGCAGUGGUUCCUGAAAUUGCAGUGCUGUUUACCAACCAGAUGGGGCAAGGUUAUUCUCCAACCAAAGGAGAAAUCAUGGUACCCAAGACCAUUAAGAUUGAAGAUUUAAAGAAGAAGUUGUGCGAAGCUAUCCAUCCCAAUCCUCAUGAAUAUGAACUUCUGCUGAUUUAUAAAGGAAAAGAUAUUGGAGCAAAUGAUUUGAAGACACUUAAUGAUUUCAGCUAUACUGAGGGAGGAAAGAUCAUGGUAUCUAAAAACAGUGGGUUUGAUUUUGCUGACGACCAGAUCCCAUCCCUAAACCUUCCUAUGUACUCAGACCAAGAGCUUGAGGAUAAUGCGAACAUGCUUGCAGCAAUAGUCCCGGAUCUUGACAUGGAGGUACUCAAGCUUGCCCUUAAGAAAAACAAUAAUAACAUGGAAGAAGCCUUGAUGCUAGUCACCGGUGAUGGAGUUGAAGGUCUCAAAAUUGAAAUUGCCGAACAAGAAGAGCAAAAAGCUUACAUUCCUAUCAUCUCUAAGGAAGAAGAGAAGAAAGAAGAGAAUAAACAAGACGAAGACAUGACGAAUGAGGAAGAUGUAGAGGAGGAAUCUAAACUGAAUCUCAUCAUCUCUAAUAAAUCAGAAUACUUUGACCUCCUGUUUGAUUUGCUGAAUUUAGGAGUUAACGAGAUCAAUUAUCAAGCAUGGAAUCUGUUGACACAAAUUCCUGUUAACAAGAAGUUAUACCAUAAUAUAAAGAGUUUGAAUAUAAAUAAAAAGGAAGAUUGGAAUGCCCUGAUCGACUCUCAAAAUAUGUAUAAGUGUCUGUACUCUUUACAGAUUAUUAAUUCACUGAUUUGUUCACCAGAUAGUGAAACAAUUGAAGAGAAUGAGCUCCAGGAGAGAUAUGAAUGGAGGAUCAGAUUCAUUAAUCUUGGAGGAUUUGAACACAUCACGAAUAUCUUGGUUACACAAAGCCAUAUUGAAGAAUCACUGAAACAACAGAGAAGAACUAGAAAUAACAGAAAGAAGAAUAGAUCAGAAGAGCAAGGAAAUGUUAACUUUUCUAUUCAUAAGACCGGAUUGUACAUGGUCAAUAUCAUCAAGAUCUUUAUGCAAGCUGCUUUGUUAGCAAAGAGUGAAGAUGACAAUCUUCUCUACUCCAUUAUUUCACAGUCAGCUACUAGUCCAUUUAUCAAGAAAGCUAAAUUCACUGGAAAUCAGGGACAGUCUUCGAAUCCGGCAGUGCCUUUGAUUGAUAAUAGUGAUGGGUCUAAAGAUAAUUCUGCAUAUGGGACUCCUAAUUUUGCUAGUCCUAAGUCAUCAAACAAUCAGAGUCACUUCUUUGAACCAACAGUGACUUUCAAUGAUGAUCUUGAUCUUGUGACUAAGAUAAAUAAGAGCUCAAGUAGAAAGGAAAAUAAAAGUAGCAACACUAUAUGCACACAAGUUGAUGAUUUCCAGAAGUUAAUAGAUCAAGUUACAGGGGAGAACUCUACUAACAUCUUGAAGAUAAUUGACCAAGAGAAGCUUUUAGUAAAGCUACUUUCUAUUAUCUACUAUGCUAUCAGAGUAACUGAUUAUAAUGAUAAGAAUAUAAGCCUUUUGAUAGACUCUUGCUUUGACCUGAUUCUUCCAUGUGUUGUGAACUCUCCUGAUCAGCUGAUCCCAGUGAUGUAUGCCUCUAAUAAUUUUGAGAACUUUAUUGUCUCUACUUUGAGGUUCAAGGGAGAGGAAUCUGUUAGAAAGACAGUGUCGAACACCUUCAAGUCUAUCUGUAACAACUAUAACAAGAAUACCCAAUAUUCUAAGGAACAAUUUAAGAAAACUCCUCAGAAGAAGAUACUAGAGGGAGAGUCUGAAGGAGCCGAGGAAGUCUCUCAAGCUCCUUAUGAGGACCCUAAGUUUUACUUCUUGAAAGUAUUGCUAAAGAACUUACCCUCGACUAAUUCAAAGUCUGAAAAAUGAGAAGAAAUGUUUGGUUUGCUGAAUACUUUGAUUAAGAUGACUUCGAGUUUGUUCACUUUCACAGAUCCAUAUGGCCCUCAGCCAGAAAGUGAGGAGAUAGAACCAAAGACAAUUUUCUCAGCGAAUUCUGUCUUUGAAACCUGUAUCAAGGAGAUCGAGAACAGACCUACUCUUGAGGAAAGACACUCUGAUUAUGAAGACAAGGUCUUAGGAGGGUAUCUAGGACUUGCUAAUUCCAUACUACAAAUAACACCCCAGCUCAGGAAGUUCGCUGGUGACGAAGAGAAAGGAUAUGGACUCACAAAGAAGUUAUUCAACUUUCUCUUUGAAAUGCCCAAUAUUGAAGAUAAGGAUGCUAAUUUGCCAAAGUUCAAGCACAGGUCAACCAGAAAGAAGGCUUUCAGCCUUCUUUUGAAUCUUUGCCAGGGAUAUGAUGAGUCUGGUAGCAAACACCAAAUCAAUGAUAACUAUUACACCCUCUUCAAGGAACUGUACCUUUAUCAUAAUGAUAUGAGCGAAAUUGAGAAGAAUUCAACUGUUAGCUACGAUGAAUUUGAGUAUGACAUUGGUGUUAGAAACAACACUGGAUUUGCAGGUCUUAAAAACUUUGGAGCUACUUGCUACCAAAAUUCUGUCCUACAACAGCUAUAUAUGAUCCCUGAUCUAAGAUAUGGAGUCCUGGCAAGUGAAGUAAACAUUGAAGAGAAAACUCUCAGCACUCUCUUCCAGAUGCAGUUAAUUUUUGCAAAUCUUCAAGAGACUGAGAAGAAGUAUCACACUCCUAAAGAUUUCUGCCUGACCUUCAACAUUGAUGGAGCUCCAGUUGAUGUGACUAGGCAGCAAGACGCUCAAGAAUUCUUCAAUAUCAUUCUUGAUAACAUUGAAUGCCAUCUGAAAGGUACCCAGAAUGAGAAGCUCCUCAAGGAGGUUAUUGGUGGUGAAAUUUGUAAUGAAGUAAAAAGUCUUGAAGACCAAUAUGAUUACAUCUCACAAACAAUGGAACCCUUCUUCUCUGUACAGUUAGACAUUAAAAACAGGAAGAGUAUCCAGGAAGCUUUGGACUAUUACAUCAAACCUGAUGUGCUCGAAGGAGACAACAAGUACUACUGUGAGGAUUAUGAUACUAAGAUCAAAGCUCAUAAGAGGUCGUUCCUGAACUCUACUUCUAAUACUUUAAUCAUAAACCUGAAGAGGUUCGAAUUUGACUUCAAUACUUUCAGAAAAUACAAGGUCAAUGAUUACUGUGAAUUCCCUCUCGACCUCAACAUCAAGCCAUGGACUAAAGAAGGCAUUGAAGAAAAGGAAGGAAAACAGGAAGGAAGUGAAGAGAAUGAAGAACUUAUCAAAGAAGAAACUCAAGAAGAAGACAAGUAUCAGUACGAAGCUGUUGGAGUCGUGGUCCACUCUGGGGGUGCUGAAGGAGGUCACUAUUACUCCUACAUUAAAGAUAGACAGAAGAACAAAUGGUUCGAGUUCAAUGAUACAACAGUCAAGCCUUUUGAUAUUAAGAACUUGCCUGAAGAGACCUUUGGAGGGGAUGGAAAUAGAGGCAAUAUGAUGGAGAAUAAUGAUAAUUUUGGUGGUUUCUACUCUAGAAGUAGGAACGCAUAUUUGAUUAUCUACCAAAGGAAGAAUCCUCUCCCAUAUGAAACCAUUCAGAUAAACAAUACAAGCGAUGAUUUGGUCAAUGGAAUCCCUCAGAGCGUCUAUCAGCACAUUUUAGAUGACAAUAUGUUAUUUAUGAAGAGAAUGUACUUCUUUGAUACAGAAUAUUUGAACUUUAUCAGAGAGUUUCUAUCUCUAAAUCAUUUCGAGAGGAAGGUUUAUUCAAAUAGCUCACCUCUCACAAAGAAGAUGAUCAAGCAAAAGGAAAUCGCAGAACUCUUAGGAGUCAAUGAAAAUAAUCUAAAUGUUGAGAUGGCAAUCGAGGAUAUUGAUAUGUUUGAUGAAACUCCUGAAAAAGCAGAGAUCAAAGAAGAAGAAAAAUUCGACCCUCAAAAAGACCUUGAUAGUAAAGAUAUUGGAGAAGAAGACAGAAUUAGAAGCGAUGGGAUGAUCUUUGUUAAAACAGAUCAUAUAUCAAAGGAGACUAUUGAAAAAGCCAAAGAACUCUCUGCUAAUCUUACAGCUGUGGAGGAUCAAAAGGAUUACAAUGAGAAACUUGAUCAAGAGAUAAAGGAGAACCCAGCACUGUUUGUUAUAAAAUUCAGUACCUUAUUUGCCCUCAAGAUUAAGGAGAAUAUCAAGGACAGCUUCCAGUUCAUCUCCUUGUUACAGAACCUAAGCUCAAUGUUCGAUAUGCAAGCUGAUGGAUGCAUGUGGUUCCUAAAAUAUCUUACAUACAACAAGAGAAUGAUCAUUGAGCACCUCCUAAAAAAUAAAUCUGAUGAAGAGAGGGAGAACUUUAGAGCCCUUUUAAUCAAUGCUAUUGGCCUUGCUUGUAAAAAUGAGGAGAAAGAAUUCUUUAAGGAGGAUACUAAUGAGUACAACAUGGAAGUGAUAGCAGAAUAUGACCAAGACAAGGAAAAAUUCUAUGCUAAACAAGUACCCAAGUCAGUGGUCAUUAGAUUCAUGCAGGUCUUCUUUGAAGAAAUGCUCGAUGACACUAGAGUCCACUAUCAACAAUUUGAAGAUUACUUCAGUGUUUUAAAAUACUUUGCUGAGCUUGGAAUUAUGGAGACGAAGUAUCUUAUCAAGGCGAAAGGAAUUCAUAAAUUAAUGGACUUUUCAAUGAACAAUUGUACUCCUUAUAAUGUAAAGAACAGAAGACCAAUGGGCACAGCUAUCUCUGAGCCAAAAUUCAAGAUUCCGACUCAAAUUCUAUCACACUUGAUGAGAAGUUGUGUAACCAGAGGGAUUAAGAAUUCAGAGUCAUACAGUUCGAACUAUGUUGGUCCAAAGGAGCAUUUACACAUUGAUAUUCCUUAUGAAGAGAUCAGACUAAUAAUGACUAGAGAAUGCUUUACAAUUGGGCUACUCGGCACCAAUUUUGACGAGUUUAUGGCAGAAAUGCUCAAACAUCUGUGUUGGGAGGACAAGAACAACUCAGAGUUCUUCAUGAAAGAACUUGUUUUCUCAAUGAACAUCCAUAAAAGCAACAUGGGGACACUACCAAAGAGAAAGAAUCUCAUUAAGGCAGUCCUAUCAAUCGAGGAUGGACUCCAAGACCAAAGAAUUCAAAGAGUAUUUGAACUAGAUGAAGAAUAUAAGGAAGAGCUUGUUGCAGCAUUGAUGAGGGAUAAUAAAUAUUCCUUACUUAUGAUCGCUAAGGUGACCAGGAAGGAUUACCCACUUUUUACACUUGAGAUGAUCAAUCUUGUCAGAGAGCUUAGAAAUGUUCCCAAGGUGGUCCUUCAUUUAUCUAAACACCAAGGCCAAUUAUCUUGGAUCAGAGAGUUCCUGAUCGAUAGUAUUGAGGUUAUUCCAAGUACAUAUCCUAUUAUUAGAGCUGGAUCUAAAUACGAAGCUAGACAUUAUUUGGACAUGAUUGAUGUUUGCAUUACUAAUCUCUCAUUGGUAUUCCCAGAGUGGAAAGAUUGGUUUCGCUUUCAGAAACAAGCAAAGCAACCACCCGAAGAUACAAAAGAAGAGGGUGCUCAAGAAAAUAAACAAGAAGGAGGAAAUGAGCCCACAAAACCAGUUGAUGAUGACUUCGUCAACAUUGACCUCACAGGAGCAGACGAUGACUUCAAAAACGUCGCAAGUGCUGGAGUCCCAGAAGCAGCCAGUGAGAAAAAGGAUCAAGAAGAAGGAAUAACUAAGAAAGUGACUCCUCAGCCAGAUGAUGCUAGUAAUGGUCAUGAAUCUGGAGCAGUUGGUUCUGUUAUCCAAAAAUAAUUUUGAACAUUCCAACCUAUUUCGACAGUAAGGGGUUUUGG